AUGUCAUCAACCGUCGACCCCGCCAUCUUCCGCGCUCUGGCCCUGGAUCCCAACUCCGCCUCCGCCAGCAUCACGUCCCACGGCGGCUCCGGCUUCUCCUCGACUUAUAAGCUCCUUAUAACCACUCCUGAUGGCAACAACAAAAGGGCAUACUUUGUCAAAACCGGCACCGGGCCCGACGCCGCCGCCAUGUUCCUUGGGGAACACCACUCCCUCAAUGCGAUCCAUUCCGCCAUCUCCUCCUUCUGUCCACGCUCUUAUGCCAACGGGACCAUGUCCUCCAACUCUAACCAGCAUUUCUUGGUGACUGAUUUCCUCAAUCUCCGCUCUAGCGGUGGUUCGGCCAGAUCUGGCAGUGGUGAAUCCUUUGCAGCAAAGCUGGCCAAGAUGCACACCAUCCCCGCCCCGAUCCCCGAGGGGUACGACAAGCCCAUGUUCGGCUUUCCCGUCCCUACAUACUGCGGAGCGACGGAGCAGGACAAUACCUGGAAGGAGGACUGGGCAGAGUUCUACGCUGAAAACCGGUUACGCCAUGUGCUGAAAGAAGGUGAGAGGAUAAAUGGAAAGAACAAAGAGUUGCACGACGCGGUGGACAAGGUCGCAUCGAUGGUGGUGCCCAGACUUUUGGGGGAACAGACGAUAGGAAAGGUGACGCCGGUGUUGAUACAUGGGGAUUUGUGGAGUGGGAAUCAGGGACGGGGUAGGUUUUCCGAGGAAGGGGGCGUUGAGGAGGUCAUCUAUGACCCAGCAGCGGUUUAUGGGCACUCGGAGUAUGAGCUGGGCAUCAUGAAGAUGUUUGGCGGGUUUGGCGGGGGGUUUUGGAAGGAGUAUGGGGAGUUGAUGCCGAAGCAGGAACCGAAAGAGGAGUGGGAGGAUCGAAUUGCCUUGUAUGAGCUGUACCACCAUUUGAACCACUAUGCGUUGUUUGGAGGCGGGUAUCGCGGCGGCGCCAUGUCCAUUAUGAAGAAGCUUAUUGCAAAGUAUGCGUAG